CACACACACAGAGCGAAAUACACACACACACACACACACACACACACACAAGAUGGCGGACCACCGCAGCUGCAGCGUCUCCUGCUAAAACUUCUUCCGACUUUGUUGAACUGUUUUCCCGCUCUGAGCGGAGACAUGAGCGGCCUCCGCCGCCUCUGACGGUUGUGACGGUUCUAACGGUUUAACGUCUGAAGGACUUCGGUCGUUUUCAGGUCAGUCGUGGCUCGUCCAACAUGGCGGCGGCGUCUUACGACCAGCUGCUGAGACAGGUGGAGGUGUUAAAGAUGGAGAACUCGAACCUACGACAGGAGCUGCAGGACAACUCCAACCACCUGACCAAGCUGGAGACUGAAGCCUCCAACAUGAAGGAAGUGCUGAAGCAGCUGCAGGGCACCAUAGAAGAAGAGUCGGGAGAGGCGUGUGGCUCUCAGCUGGAGCUCAUCGAGAGACUGAAAGAGAUGAGCCUGGAGUCAGCAGGGUCUAAGCCCCGGGCUCGGCCUCCUCUUCCUCCCUCCUCCUCCUCCUCCUCCAGCUCCUCCUCAGCCUCCGGAGGAGCUGGAGGAGGACCAGGAGGAGCAGGAGGACCAGGAGGAGCAGGAGGACCAGGAGGAGGAGGGUUCCCCCGCAGAGGGCUGGGGCCCGCAGGCAGAGACAGCCAGGACCGCUGCCUGGACGACCUGGAGAAGGAGAGGGCUCUCCUAUUGGCUGAGCUGGAGAAGGAGGAGAAGGAGAAGGACUGGUACUACACUCAGUUGCAGAACCUUACCAAGAGGAUCGACAGCCUGCCGCUCACUGAGAAUUUCACUCUGCAGACAGACAUGAGUCGGCGCCAGCUGGAGUUCGAGGCCCGUCAGAUCCGCUCAGCGAUGGAGGAACAGCUGGGCUCCUGUCAGGAGAUGGAGAGGAGGGCGCAGGCUCGAGUGUCUCGUAUCCAGCAGAUAGAGAAGGACAUCCUGAGACUUGGAGCCCGGCUGCAGGUGGAGGAAGCUCAGGGGGCGAGCGACAGCAGUGGAUUGGCCGGAGCUCAGAGCUCCAGCAGCCGGGCAGACCACGAGCCAGCCAAUGAGGCGAGCUACUCUGUGCCUCGACGAAUCACCAGCCACCUGGGGACCAAGGUAGAGAUGGUGUACAGCCUUCUGUCCAUGUUGGGGACCCACGAUAAAGACGACAUGUCGCGGACGCUGCUCGCCAUGUCCAGCUCGCAGGACUCGUGCAUCGCCAUGCGUCAGUCCGGCUGUCUGCCGCUGCUCAUCCAGCUGCUCCAUGGCAACGACAAGGACUCCCUGUUGCUAGGUAACUCCCGGGGCAGUAAGGAGGCCCGUGCGCGGGCGUCUGCGGCGCUGCACAACAUCGUGCACAGUCAGCCGGACGAUAAGCGCGGGCGCCGGGAGAUCAGAGUGCUCCACCUGCUGGAGCAGGUGAGACAUUACUGUGAGGAGAGCUGGACCUGGCAGGAGAACCACGAGAGGGGGACAGACCAGGAGGACAACCCCAUGCCGUCUCCGGUGGAGCACCAGAUCUGUCCGGCCGUCUGCGUCCUCAUGAAACUUUCCUUCGAUGAAGAACAUCGUCACGCCAUGAAUGAACUCGGAGGGCUGCAGGCCGUGGCUGAGCUGCUGCAGGUGGACUGCGAGAUGUUCGGUCUGAGCAGUGAUCAUUACAGCGUCACGCUGCGCAGAUACUCCGGCAUGGCGCUCACCAACCUCACCUUCGGAGACGUAGCCAAUAAGGCUACACUGUGCUCUAUGAAGGGCUGCAUGAGAGCCAUGGUCGCCCAGCUGAAGUCCGACAGUGAAGACCUGCAGCAGGUGAUAGCGAGCGUGUUGAGGAACUUGUCGUGGCGUGCGGAUGUCAACAGUAAGAAGACGCUGCGGGAGGUCGGCAGCGUGCGGGCGCUCUCGGGCUGUGCUCUCGAGGUCCAGAAGGAGUCGACUCUGAAGUCGGUGCUGAGCGCGCUCUGGAACCUGUCGGCCCACUGCACGGAGAACAAGGCUGAUAUCUGCGUGGUGGACGGCGCUCUGGCGUUCCUGGUGGGAACGCUGACGCACCGCAGCCACACCAACACGCUCGCCAUCAUCGAGAGUGGCGGGGGCAUUCUGCGCAACGUCUCCAGCCUCAUCGCCACCAACGAGGCUCACAGGCAGAUCCUGCGUGAGCACGGCUGCCUGCCCACGCUGCUGCAGCACCUGAAGUCUCACAGUCUGACCAUCGUGUCCAACGCCUGCGGCACGCUGUGGAACCUGUCGGCCAGAGACGCCAGAGACCAGGAGGCGUUAUGGGAGCUGGGCGCCGUGGGCAUGCUGAGGAACCUCAUCCACUCCCGGCACAAGAUGAUCGCCAUGGGCAGCGCUGCGGCCCUCAGGAACCUGAUGGCUAACCGCCCGGCGCGCUACAAGGACGCCAGUGUGGUGUCGCCGGGCGCCGGCGCCCCCUCGCUGCACGCCCGUAAGCAGAAGGCGCUGUUUGAGGAGCUGGACGCUCAGCAGCUGUCGGAGACCUUCGACAACAUCGACAACCUGAGCCCCAAGGCGGCGCACCGCAAGGGCCGCGGCUGCAGCGGCGCCGGAGGGGGCGCCACGACGCGCUCCUACACCAACACGCCGGUGCUGGCGAGCCCGAAGCACGCCGACGGGCCCAAGAGGAGCGAGGAGGCGCCGUACGCCCGGCCCGUGUUCCCGCCCAGCGUGCGAGCGUCCAGUGACAGCCUCAACAGCGUGACGAGCGCCGACGGGUACGGAAACCGCGGCAAGACCAAACCGUCCGUGGAGCCGCUGUACUCGUCUGACGAGAGCGCCGCCAACAAGUGCCUGUACAGGAAGUACCCGGCCGACCUGGCGCACAAGAUCCGCAGCGCCAACCACAUGGCGGACGACGACGGCGGCGAGCUGGACACGCCGAUCAACUACAGCCUGAAGUACUCCGACGAGCAGCUGAACUCGGGGCGGCAGAGCCCGCGCCGCCGCGGCAGCAUGGACAGCGACGAGGACGAGCCGGGCGCCCGGCAGAGAGACGGGGACGCCGCGGCGCCCGGCAGCCGUAUGGCGUCCGGCCCACAGCCGCGCUACGCUGUCGCCACGGCAACAUCCAACUACGGCAGCGACUCGGCGGCCGAACAGCCGAUCGACUACAGCCUGAAGUACGGCGCCGAAGCCGCCCGCAAAGAAACCGGCUCCCCCGCAGCCCCCCCUCCUCCCCCGCCCUCCGCCAACAAGCUCCGCCUCCCGGCCGCCUCGGCCAAUCAGCUCCGCCUCCCGGCCGCCUCAGCCAAUCAGCUCCGCCUCCCGGCUGCCUCGGCCAAUCGCGCGGUGGAGUCGACGCAGACGUACUGCGUGGAGGACACGCCGAUCUGCUUCUCCCGAGGCUCCUCCCUCUCCUCGCUGUCCUCCGAGGACGAGGACGACGGGGACGUCGGCGCCAGGAAGCGGCGAGCUGGCGGCGCCCCCGGCAACGACUACCCCACGCUGCCCGUCGGCGAGAAGGACACCGCGGAGCACGCCGCGGAGCAGCAGAGGAAGGAGGCCGAGAGCCAGACGGCCGCCGCCGCCGCCGCCGCCGCCGCCGCCGCUCCGUCGUCACGGGGACGACGUGGUCACCACCACCACCACGGCCACCACCACCACGUGACAUCAUCGUCUGGCGCCCGGACGCCGAAGAGCCCCCCCGAGCCGCCGUACGCCCAGGAGACGCCGCUGAUGUUCAGCCGCUGCACGUCGGUCAGCUCCCUGGACUCCUUCUCCACCUCGUCCAUCGCCAGCUCCGUGCGCUCCAGCGAGCCCGGCAGCGGCGUGCCGAGCGGCGUGGUCAGCCCCAGCGACCUGCCCGACAGCCCGGGCCAGACCAUGCCGCCGAGCCGCGCCAAGACGCCGCCGCCGCCGCCGGAGCAGGGCGCAGCGGAGCAGCAGGAGGAGGAGAAGAAGGAGGAGCAGCAGGAGAGCAGCGCUGACGUGCUGCUGCAUUUCGCCACGGAGAGCACGCCGCGCGGCUUCUCCCGCGCCUCCAGUCUGAGCGCGCUCAGUCUGGACGAGCCGUUCAUCGCCGCGGAGAUGAAGGAGGCGCCAGGCGGCGAAAGGAAGGAGGAGGAGCGGGCCGAGCCGAUCCUCGACCAAUCGGACGACGACGACGACAUCGAGAUCCUGGAGGCGUGCAUCAACAUGGCCAUGCCCAAGUCGUCACGGAAACCAAAGAAACAGCAGCAGGCGGCGCCGAGGAAACACAGCCAGCUUCCUGUUUACAAACUCCUCCCCCCUCACAGCCGCAGCCAAUCGCAGCAGAGGAAGGAGCCGCCGCCAGAGGAGGUGCCGAGAGUUUAUUGCGUGGAGGGAACUCCGCUCAACUUCUCCACGGCAACCUCGCUCAGUGACCUCACCAUCGACUCGCCGCCCAAUGAGGAGGCAGCAGUGACUCUAGCCCCGCCCCCCUGCAGCCAGAGGGAGGGGGCGGGGCUUCCCGAGGGGGCGGGGCUUCCCGAGGGGGAGAACGGUGAUGACAUCCUGGCCGAGUGCAUCAGCGCCGCCAUGCCCAAACCCAAACCCAGGAAACACCAAGCCCCUCCCCCCCCCCCUCUCAGCCUGCAGCAGGCGCAGAAGAAGAAGCCCACCUCGCCAGUGAAGCCGAUGCCACAGAGGGCGCCGUACGGCGUCCCCACGGCAACCGCUGCCAAAGCUAAACCGGGGUUUGCCUUCGACUCGCCGCACCACUACACGCCCAUCGAGGGCACGCCGUGCUGCUUCUCCCGCAACGACUCGCUGAGCUCGCUCGACUUCGACGAAGACGAGAAGGACGAAGACAAGAAAAGCAGAGAAGAAGAAGGCAGGAAGAGGAAGCAGCAGACGGCCGCCGUUUUCCCCCGGCCCAAAGCGGCGAGCAACCCGCCGGCGCCGGACGAGCAGCAGAAGUUCUCCAUCGAGGACACGCCCGUCUGCUUCUCCAGGAACUCGUCGCUGAGCUCGCUGAGCGACAUCGACCACGAGAACAACAACAAGCCGCCACCGCCGCCGCCAGAGCAAGAUGGCGGCAAAGCAGGAAGCAAGUCUCUGAAGCCCCGCCCCCCGGCGGCGAGCGGCUACGCGCCCAGAGCCUUCCACGUGGAGGACACGCCCGUCUGCUUCUCCAGGAACUCGUCGCUGAGCUCGCUGAGCAUCGACUCGGAGGACGACCUGCUGCAGGAGUGCAUCAGCUCCGCCAUGCCCAAGAAGAAGAAGAAGAGCGCCGCCACGCCGGGCGCCGCGGCGCCGCUAACGCUCCCCAAAGACGAGGACGGCAUCCUGGCCGAGGAGGAGCCCUCGGAGGCGCCCAGAAGCCCCGCCUCCCCCGACUCUGAGUCUUUUGAUUGGAAGGCGAUCCAGGAGGGCGCCAACGCCAUCGUCAGCAGCCUGAACGCCGCCGCCGCCGCCGCGGCGCUGUCUCGCCAGCCGUCCUCCGACUCCGACUCCAUCCUGUCCCUCAAGUCUGUGGGCUCGCCGCUCCGCCUGCCGGCAGCCAAUCACAGCGCAGAGGAGCCGGAGGAGAAGGAGGAGAAGGAGGAGGAGGCGAAGCGCGCGGGGGCGAGGAUCCUGAAGCCCGGCGAGCGCAGCACGCUGGAGGCCAAGAAGAAGAAGGAGGCGGAGCUAGAGGAGGAGGACGCCAAGGCGCUGCGAGGCGGGAAGAAGGUGUACCGCAGCCUGAUCACGGGGAAGCCGCGCGGCGAGCAGGCAGCCCGGGGGCGGAGCAAACCGCGAGCAGCCGGCGCCGGCAGCAGCGACGGCGCCGAUAGAGGGGGUGGAGCCUCACGGGACUCCACGCCGUCUCGCUCCUCCGCGGCAGCCAAUCAGAAGGCAGGAAAGCUGCUGCAGGCGCCGCGCACCGCAUCUCCAGGAAGUGCGUCGUCGUCGUCGUCAUCGGCGACCUCCAGACCGGCCAAACCGGGCGCCACGGCGCCGAGGAGCGGCGGCAUCCCGCGCAGCGAGUCGGCCCCGAGGGUCGCCGUCUCCACGGCGACCAAGAAGCCGAAGGCGGAGCCGGAGAAGCCGGCGCUCGUCCGCCAGUCGACCUUCAUCAAAGACGCUCCGAGCCCGACGCUGAAGAGGAAGCUGGAGGAGUCCGCCGGCGCCGCCAGCCGCUCGCACUCAGAGAGCCCGUCACGCCCACAGGAAGUGACAUCAUCACGCUUCAGCCGCACCGGCACCUGGAAGCGGGAAAACGGCGGCGGGGCGGGAGGAGCGAGCGGCGGGAAACACUCGACGUCGUUACCGCGCGUCGGGACGUGGAAGAGGACGGGCAGCUCGUCCUCGGUGCUGUCGGCGUCCUCGGAGUCCAGCGAGAAGGGGGGGGGGCAGACGGGCCGCGGCGGCGAGGAGGACGCCGCCGCCAGGGCGAAGGGAACGUGGAGGAAGAAGAGCGGCGGCGGCGAGCCUUCGGCGAGCGACGUCUGGGUGCGUCUGGAGGAUUGUCCCGUUAACAACCCGCGCUCGUCCUCGUCCUGCUCCGCCCGCUCGCCGAGCGCCAACGCCCCGCCCGUCAUCGACAGCCCCGCCUCCUCCAACCUCAACCUGCGCCGGAGCUGCGAGAGCCUCGACGACAAGCCGGCGCCGCCCGAACGCCAUCAGCAGCCGCAGCAGCAGCAGCGCGGUCCGCAGCGCAGCGGCGCCGUGGCGGCACGGGUCAGCCCGUUCAACUACACGCCCAGCCCGAGGAAGACCAGCGGUGAUGUCAUCAUCAGCACCACGCCAACCACCACGACAUCAUCCUCCACCACGCCCACGCGGCCCUCGCUCAUCCCCACGCCCGUCACCAAGAAACGGGAGCCGAAGGGCGGCGAGGGCGGCGCCGGCAGCGGCGAGCGCGGCUCGUACAUCGUGACCUCGGUGUGAAAGAGAACUCUGAAACAGUCGGACACAAAAUGGCCGUUGAGACAGUUUGAAAUGGCGGAGAAAGUGAGUCUGUAUUUAAGUGCUAAGCCCCGCCCCCACACCUCCCUCCUCUCCCCUCAUUGGCUCCUCUCACCUGUCAGUCAAGGUUCUUUAUUCAACGAGAGAAAAACUUUAAUGAACUUUUUAUGUUUUUAUACCACUAAAAUGAUGUGUAGCGCUUAGCUCCGCCCCUUUCUGCCUGUGUUCCUGCAUGGUCCCGCCCCCUAAAGAUGACAGUUACCAUGGUUACAUAACAAGAUGACCGUUAACGUGGUUACAUAACAAUGAUGAGGACGAUGAUGAUGAUGAUGUUUCUGCUAGCUGUAGCGUCAGAGCUCAUUCUGCUCUGGUGGAAGUUUUCAUGUCUUUUUAUGGAGUUUGGUUCUGAUGAACUUUAUCGGUUUGGGGAGUUGAACGUGUCUUCUAUCCUAAAAUAAUCCAAAAUGUCCCGUUUGUUUUGAUUCUCAAGAAAGAAAUCCUUUUCAUCCGGGACGCCAUUUUAUUUUUCAUUCAUUCAGGAGCAGAAACAAUUUGAAAUGUUUAAAGGAAAGAUUCUUAGUUUCUCAGAACCUCACUCGUUUAUUCCAGAGAGGGAAGCUUGCUGCCAGCUGACUGAACUCAACCAAUCAGAGAGGGUAGCUUGCUGCCAGCUGACCGAACUCAACCAAUCAGAAACACUUAGAAAGCCUCGUACAUGAGGAACAGUUGGAGUCUGUUGAUGAAUUUCCUGGUGAAUUUUUAAGGACUUUGGAUGAGAAAUCGUCAGUUGGCUGAAAACUUUCCUCUCUGUAUCGCCUUGGAAACAAAUAACACUGUAAAACGUAAGUUAUUGCUGUAAAACCUUAAAACCUUUUAACUUUGAAGCACAUAAUUUAAAACAAAAAUGAUUUUUGCCAAAAAAGUUUCCACAGUGUUAAUCAUGGCUGUAUUCACUGUUUUUAUGUUGAUGCUGACGGAAUAUGACUUAAAGGCAAAAACGUUUUGGUGAAAUGUUAAAGAGAUGAACAAUAAAAUUCAACAUGUUAACAAA